CCUACCCUGGUCUGCCAAGAUCAUGAGCCAUCAGCUCCUCUAGGGCAGGCAGUAAGACGACAAAACUCAACAAAGGACCGAGCGCACCAGGAACCAUGGGACAGUGUCGGUCAGCCAAUGCUGAGGAUGCCCAGGAAUUCAGUGAUGUGGAGAGGGCCAUUGAGACCCUCAUCAAGAACUUCCACCAGUACUCUGUAGAGGGUGGGAAGGAGACACUGACCCCCUCUGAGCUACGAGACCUGGUCACCCAGCAGCUGCCUCACCUCGUGCCGAGCAACUGUGGGCUGGAAGAGAAAAUUGCCAACCUGUGCAGCUGUAGCGACUCUAAGCUGGAGUUUGGGAGUUUCUGGGAGCUGAUUGGAGAAGCAGCCAAGAGUGUGAAGCUGGAGAGCCCUGUCCAAGGGAGCUGAGAACUCCCCCUGGAAUGCUUGGCAGGUGUUGGGGAGAGGGGCCCUUAGAGACUGUGGGUCUGGAAAUAAAAACUCUUUCACCACCGCCCUACUCCCUGGCCUGCACCCCUCCUCACUUCUGUCCACAUCCACGUCUCAAUGGCCUUCCCCAGGGUCUCCAUGUACUUCCGUCCUGGGCGCUCUGUGGAGUUUACAGAUCCAGGUGUACCUACCAGAGAUAGGCUUGGGGGUGGGUUGGGCCAGGGAUGGAUAUUGAGGGAUGCUGGAGGGAAUUUGGUAGGGGGGGAGGGCAGAGAGGAGCUGGGCUUUGGGAAAUGAUUUGAAGAAUAGGGCUGAGAAUACGGCUGGGUAUUUGAAACUAAAAUUGGUCUUUAAGAACCUACUCCUCCUAAUUUCUUUCCCAGCCCAAAUCAUAGCUGUCUGUCCACUGAUGUCCCUUCCUUCCUCUAGCUCUGCCCCAGCCUCCUCCCAGGACUCUCUCUGGGCUAGGGCAGGGGAGGAGGGAGAGCAGGGCUUGGGGAGAGGCUAAGGGCAUGAUAUUGGGGGUGAAGAGGACCAGCUGGGUGCUCUGGCAUUUACAGAAUGAUGUUUGUUUUAUAUCAUUUGAUUAAUAAAAAAUGAAAAAAGUGAAA